AUGGCAUUUGACCCUAGUCCAGAUGAUUGUGCGGCCAUAUUGGCAAAUAGGAGUCUCAGUACGUUGCGCGGUGGGAAUGGAAGAGCUGCUCUCUCUGAUGCUACCAUGUGCAGGAUGGCGAGACCUCUUUGGCCAAAAGCUUGCUAUCGAGAAGGCGCUGCUCUUAUGUUAUUGAAGAAGUACGAGAGAGCAUGCGAGGCUUUUGUGGAUGGCUUGAAGCUUGACCCUACAAAUGGUGAUCUUGCAAAUGCUUUAAGGGAAGCCCAAGAAGCAGCAAAGAAUGCUCGUCGCCGUGAAAAGUGA